AUGCCAGAGAUCAGGACUGAAAUGGAACAACUCCAAUUUUUACUCACUGAAUGUGAAAACCUCAGGAGAGAAGAUAUUUUCCCGAAUUUCAAAAAGCAGCUUACAUUGUUUAUGAAUAUGUUGCAGAAGUACAUGGCUUUAUUUAAGGAAAAAAACGGAGGUGUAUCGGCGAAUAAUGAAGAUUACGAUGCUUUCUUGAAGGAGCUACAGGAAGUCUCUGUUUCAUGUUCCAAAUGGCUUAACGAUAAGAAAGCGGAUGUGGAAUUUCUGCAACCGAUCUUUAAAUCCCUCAAAAGUAAGGGUAUCCCGUUUGUCAGCAGCAAAGAAUUAAAAUCCAUACGAAUAUGUGAUCAAGCCACAAAGUAUCUUGUAUGCUUGUGUUUUACACUAUCUUCAGAUGAAGAUGCUCAAUUUUUCAAUAUGCAAGCAUUCCUAAAGAAACGUGAAAUGCAGAAAUUUGCAGAAAGUGUUGAUGUUUCUCUCUUUCGUGGGGAAAUAAAGCGUUUCAUGAAACUCAAAGAUGAUAACCUACAAUCCUGGACAAAACGUUGUGGACAACGCACAGAAUUUGGCCGCGUAUGGUGAUUUUUAUAAAUAAUUAUCCCCCCGCUCCCCCAAGCCAAUGUUGAAUGGGAUUUUUCAUCAAAUACGAAGUGUGGUUAAGUCGGAAAUGCAACAUUGAAGAGAGGGAGUGGGGGAUGUGCAAGUAAAUUCAAGUUUUAGGUGUUUGUUAUGAUUUUUGCAAAAGUGCACUAAGUGUCCACAUGAGUUUUGGCCCGGAUUGUCUGAAAAUCACUAUAAAAAAUAACAGACGGUUCUUGUAUCUAAUAUGACACAAAACGGGAAAAAAUAUGCUUUGUAAGUAAAAUUGCGCUUGUUUGCAUUUGAAUAAUCCAUUUUUGAUCAUCUUUUAAAAAAAAAAUUGUCCGGUAAGGAACAGAUUUCCUAACCAAAAAACGCGCCAACGAGCCUAAUUUUUAGGAAUAAUUAUGUGACGAGAAUGACAGAAUAUAUAUUGUACAAGUUUGUUUAUGCAUUCUUGAAGUGCUCGAGAAUCUAAUUUAUACAAAUAAAUGGCAUUUUCCAUAAAAGUAUUAUAAUUCGUUAACUGCAAGUCUUGCUGCUUACGAUAUAUGCUAGUACGUUUCUCUGUUUUAACCAUAUAUUACAGCUUCUUUCUGACAGUGCAAUUUCAAGGUGCGUCUAAAACUUGCGGAAUACAAUGCUUGACAGAAAACUAUACAUGAUUUAAGGCAGGAACUAAACAUCUGAAUUAUAUAUUAAGUUACAGGGCUUUGCUAUAAUUGUUAAGUUGAUAUGUUAUACUUUCCGAUCGAGUGACGUAAUGUGUAACAUAAUAUUCAAAGCUCGAAACACGGUCUACACCUUUUUUUGCAGUGAUUUUAGAAGUAUACAAGCGCGCAAUCGAUUAAAAAUAUAGAUUAAAAGGCUUGUCCAAUUACGUUUUGCACCAGUAUGCAGCAAAACAUAUAAAAUCAGGACUUUAGGUGUUUGUUAUGAUUUUUGCAAAAGUGCACUAAGUGUCCACAUGAGUUUUGGCCCGGAUUGUCUGAAAAUCACUAUAAAAAAUAACAGACGGUUCUUGUAUCUAAUAUGACACAAAACGGGAAAAAAUAUGCUUUGUAAGUAAAAUUGCGCUUGUUUGCAUUUGAAUAAUCCAUUUUUGAUCAUCUUUUAAAAAAAAAAUUGUCCGGUAAGGAACAGAUUUCCUAACCAAAAAACGCGCCAACGAGCCUAAUUUUUAGGAAUAAUUAUGUGACGAGAAUGACAGAAUAUAUAUUGUACAAGUUUGUUUAUGCAUUCUUGAAGUGCUCGAGAAUCUAAUUUAUACAAAUAAAUGGCAUUUUCCAUAAAAGUAUUAUAAUUCGUUAACUGCAAGUCUUGCUGCUUACGAUAUAUGCUAGUACGUUUCUCUGUUUUAACCAUAUAUUACAGCUUCUUUCUGACAGUGCAAUUUCAAGGUGCGUCUAAAACUUGCGGAAUACAAUGCUUGACAGAAAACUAUACAUGAUUUAAGGCAGGAACUAAACAUCUGAAUUAUAUAUUAAGUUACAGGGCUUUGCUAUAAUUGUUAAGUUGAUAUGUUAUACUUUCCGAUCGAGUGACGUAAUGUGUAACAUAAUAUUCAAAGCUCGAAACACGGUCUACACCUUUUUUUGCAGUGAUUUUAGAAGUAUACAAGCGCGCAAUCGAUUAAAAAUAUAGAUUAAAAGGCUUGUCCAAUUACGUUUUGCACCAGUAUGCAGCAAAACAUAUAAAAUCAGCUAUGCCUUAAAAAUCGCCACGGUCUACACACAAAAAUCGUAUUUUCAUGAAUACUAAUGAGCUAUGAUCUAUUAUAUUCAAAGAGCUACUUUUAAUAUGUAGACCGUGGUAACUUUUUAUUUCUCUACUGUGUGAAUUACGAAGACAUUUUAAUAACAAGUAUAAUAUGUAUAGGUAGUUCCCUAAGAAGAAAUCGUUACAUUUCAAUGCAGCAAUUGUGUAUAAUUCAAGUACGAAGUUACUGUAGACCGUGCUGGCGUGCUAGUCGGCGCACAGUAUUGAAAAGUGUAAGGCAAUAUUUCAUUAUUUGACAAACGCCAAUUGUAAUACAAUAUUUACAAGUAUAAGUGCAUUGUAUGUAUUUAAUGGCUGUAGCUGGAUCGAGUUCGCGUACAAGUUAUGAUAGACACUUAUCUUUGGAAAUACUAAGAAUCCUCAAUGUCAAAUUAUAUUGCCUUUCAAAUGGCGAAAAAGGUUAACAUGAUAUAUUUCAUUUUGUGUACUGAAGCUUUUCCAGUUUGAUAUUGCAAGGUUCUUGUUAUUGGGGAGUAAUAUAUUAGGGCUGUGUAUAAAAAUAUAGGCUGUUCAAAACUACAAGAGUCGUUAAAAUCAGUAAAUAUGCAAAAAUACAAUAAUUUAUUCCAUGGAAUAAGGUAAUUCCUACAUAGCUUGAGUAUUGAAACGUUCUGGAAUCAUACUGAAUCUCCGUAAAUAUGACACUGAAAAUUUGCCUGCACCGUCAAUUUCUCUCCUGUUAAAGCCUAAAUGCGCUCCUUAGCUAUGUAUCUGAACAGUAAAAUCGGUGUACCUUUCAUGUAUAAGAUUGAGAAAAAGUUAUGUUCGCACCUAUUCAGUAUAGUUGGUUUUACGCACGCUUCCCACAAAUUAGCUUAUAUUUACAACAUCCGAAGUGACGUAAUUGCUAAUAGUGACGCCAUCAGCGAUCAAACUGAAUAACAAAAACUUAGAAUACAUCGGUAUGCGUCAUAGUCUCAUCAGACAUAUCAAAUGUUAAAUAACAAGUUAUAAAACAACGCUUCUCCAUGCCCAUCAUUUUUCAGACAAUCCUGGACAAAACGUUGUGGACAACGCACAGAAUUUGGCCGCGUAUGGUGAUUUUUAUAAAUAAUUAUCCCCCCGCUCCCCCAAGCCAAUGUUGAAUGGGAUUUUUCAUCAAAUACGAAGUGUGGUUAAGUCGGAAAUGCAACAUUGAAGAGAGGGAGUGGGGGAUGUGCAAGUAAAUUCAAGUUUUAGGUGUUUGUUAUGAUUUUUGCAAAAGUGCACUAAGUGUCCACAUGAGUUUUGGCCCGGAUUGUACGUAAUAAAGAUGUAAAGUUUGUCGCCACAGAGGAACCUCUCAGUAGCCGGGUCUAUAGGUAAGUUUGCACGAUGUAUGUAAUAAGUAUAAUACAAAACAUGCUGCCAAAAAAUCAUAUUAUCCACCCAAAUCAGGAACCAAAUCAUCUAACGACAACAAGAACAAGUCCGGUAAGUGUUAAUUGAUUAAUUCAUGAUCAUGCGUAUUCGCAUUCUGUUAAUGAAAAGCCGGAUAACUCACCACCUUUCCUUGCCAAAUGGCUGAUAUUAGUCGAUGUUUGACAUUUUAAUCGUUCAUGCGAUUGGAAAAUACAAUGUCAUUCUAUUUUUUUAUUAUAUUUGGAGUCUUUCCUUACCAUCCGAGAAACGUUACAUGCUUACGGACUAAAUUAUUUUUUUAUAAAUUAUAAAUAGUGUGGAUCGAUAUACCGGAUAUAUCCGGUAUACCGGUAUUUGUUUAGAUACCGGUAUUGGCGAUAUUGACAAUUCCAAAAUACCGAUAUACCGACAUUUCGGUAUUUUACUGCGUAAUACCGGAUUGAAACCCUACUUCGAUCAAGUCGAACUUACUUACAAUCGUGUUUCCGAACUUACUUACAAUCGUGUUUAGAAACCAAAGUUACUAGUCACAGAUGGACGAUUUUGUUCUUAUACAGUUCUAGCAGCUUUGGUUUUAGCAAUACCAAGACGUCUUGUUUAUUAAAUCGCCUUAAUUGGAAAUAUAUAAAUGGCGAAAAUUUUUAAGGAAUGGCGAAAUUUUUAACGCUUAUAGCGCCGUUAACAUAGUUUGAUAAUGCGAAUCUUAUGAAAUUUGCACUAAUAACAAUAUGUGUCACAUUAAUAUUUUGUCAAAACUUAAUUUUUCUCGAAGUCAAGCAGUUCAGUUUGAUUUUAAAAAAAACACUUAAAAAUACCGGUAUUUACCGGUAUUCUGGUGGCGGUAUAUCGGUAUUCGGUAUUUCCGAUAUCGAUCCACUCUAAAUUUAUAAAUCAAUUAUUCUUUUAUGAUUGUUCUAACGUGCAUGUAUGUAUUUGUAUAUUUUUGUACGAUUCAUAUAUAUAUUAAUCACUUACUGACCGAGAGUGAGGGCAGUACGGGAAAAUAGACAGGUUCAGAUUUGACUUCCACUACCGCUACCACUACCUCUCACUGACUUAGUACGCAUCUGAUUGGUUAAUCGGAUAUAUCAAACGCAUCUGAUUGGUUGAUGGUCCCUUAAUGGUAGAGGUAGUGGAAGUAAAAUCUGAACCUGUCUAAUAUCCAACCGAGUACUUGUUGUAUAUUGACCGUGCGAUAGCGAGGUCAGUACAGCAAGACCGAGGUUGGAUAUUUUUCCAUACCGCUGCCCGAACGGUUGAGGUCUGUAAGUUUUUUAUUAUAUGGCAUUGUGUACGUUUGUAAAAAAUGGGGAAAAGGUCACGUGAGGGCAAAGUACAAAGUCCAACACAUUUGAAAAAAAAAACAAUUGUAAAACAUUUUCUCUUGGUUAGUGAAACUACCCUAGAGCACUUUUUAUAGAAUACUAACACACUCUGGAUAGUAUUUCAAGUAAAAUACGAGGUAUUUCGUCAUUUAAUCAAAGACAACAAAUAUGAAAAUAAAAUUAAUAAACAGCAUCGGCAAGUACGUUAAACGUUUUAGUUGUUUAGUUCGCUUCAUCCCAAAUUUAUGUCUCUUUUUAUCAAAUAAAAACAGAAAUUUUCAGGGGAAAAUUAUAAAUCUGUGGCUGCUUUAAUUGUAUUUUUUAUUUAGAUGAUGUCAAAUUCCCCCUGGCUAUCUGCAAAUAAAAUUUGGAGCUCUUCACAUGUUCAAAACACAACUACAGUAUUCUUGACUGCUUUAAUAGUUAUAAACAUUGUAAAAUUUACCUUCUCAUUUCAACUUUCGCUAACAAAAACAUAUUGAGAAAGUUAUUUAGGCUAACCACAGCAGUUGUCUAUUUUAAGUCUAUUUUUCUUCGUUUUGAAUAGUUUGAAAGACUUUUAGACGCUUUUUGCUGUUUGAAACUCGGCUUUGUCGCAGGCUAGCUCGCAGCUUCGUAGGGCAAUAAAAUUGCGUAUUGUCCGUGGGCAAUACGGGAAAAUGGGUAGAGAAUAUAUUCAAUAUUCGUGACUUGUUUUCACUGCUGCACUUAAACCUUCUUUUAAAUGAGUGAGAAAACAUUUCUUUUACAAUAUAUGUUUAAGCUGUAAUUUUUUCGCUUUUAAGUGGCCGAAUACAGGAGCAUUUAAAAAAAUAUAUAGUUUUCUCGACGUAAGUUUUAUACAUGUCAAAUAAGUUUUAGAAUUUCAGUCGCAUUUCUCUCAGAAUAUUGUCAAUUCUGGUGUACAUCGUGCUUAGUAUAAAGUCUUUAGGGCUUGAUGUAAUUCAUUUUCGUAUUCUGAUUAUCGGCUAGGCUACGUUUUUCAAACGUUUUGGGCAGAUUUUUUCGUUUAAAAACUGUUUCACUCCUAUUUUUCCCCGCGAAAACCAGAGCGGGCAGUUGCAUUUUACAGCGGGCAGUUGCGUUUCAGAUCUGAAAGGCUCCUCAGCCAAUCAGAUUGCUUCAUUCAGACUGAUAAAAAUAAUGACAAUUAAUAUUGUAAAAAAUUAUAAUUUUGGACGCCACGGAAAAACACGUAGGUGAUGUGAGUAUCCUGGAUAAAUAUAAUUAUUAUGUAUAAUUAUAAAUUACUAUUAUUAUUAAUUUUUGUUUAUUUGGAAAUUGUUACUAACUUUUGGGGAAAUACCACAAUAUAAUCAGCUGGUGUCCAAACAGCUUGACAUCAUGGCUGUGACGCGGCCAAAAUCUCUUGUUAUUUUUAAUGUUUAAAGUAAGGUAUUCUUAUUCUAGUGACAAGCCUGGCGUGCGUGUACGGUUCUACGAUGAAGGUGCAGAAAUUGAACACUUCCAUCAUUCCGAAGUAUAUCCAUACGUAGUUGGUUGCUCAGUUAUUCUUGCAGGCGUGGCUGCGGUAGUCGCUGUAGUGCUCAAAUUUAAAUAA